AUGAAAUUAGAAAUUUGGCCUGAAGCCAUUAAAGCAGCUAAAAAUAGGCCUUUGAUGAUAUUCGUAUUAGGUGUUGGUAUAGAAACAAGUAAAAGAAAGAAAAAAAGAGUUUUAGCUGAGGAUAAAACAGAUAUAUGGUGUUAUUUUAAUAAACUUGAUCUACCAAAACCUAAACACAAAAAAGGUUCUUGUAAUUCUCAUUUAGAAGCUCAUCAUAGUAUACUUAGAUUUGAAAAAGAAAGUAAUAAUAAUCCUAUUCAAACAAAAAUUGAUGCAAUGUUUCAAAAACAGUGA